CUGAACUGGGCCAAAACUUCCACUUUUAGAGCUUUUUUGCAUCUCGGAGCUGCUUGGUACUACCCAGAUCCUGAAAAUCCUGAAAACUCUAUCUACGACUACCUCAUAAGCAUGGAUCUAAAAGGAAUGAUUGUGAAGACUGUCGCUAAUCAGGCACUUGGAAAGUUUGUUUUGAGCGACGUGGAAAGUAAUCGAGUACACGCCCUAAAACUAGCUGCGCAACAUUCCUGA